AAUAUUGAGCACCUGACACCUAAACUGAAAAAAAGGUCAGGCUCAGACCAUCGAUGCUGUCUUGCCUUACUUCUCCGCUCCGACCGCUGUGCUCCUCCUGCAUCAAGGUUGUCUUCCGUGUUGGCUCCUCCCUUGAUAUACACGAACCAAGAACAAGGAAAUCCAAUUGCCUUGCUAGCUACAGUGGAGGGAAUAUAAUUUCAAUUGGGGUUAGAGGAGGUAGUGGGCUACGGGAUCAUUGUUUCUGGGCUUGGGUUUGGUUCGGGUUGGUUUUUCCGAACCGGCCACGUCCAAAAACAAAACUGGAAAAAAGGUCACGAACAAAAAUAAAAGCUUACUAGCUCCCCUGACCACCAAAAAAAAAAAGAAAGCUUACUAGCUCCGACCACAUGCUCCAUCUCCCAGUACGGCGGUUCCCACCAUUUCCACUGUCGACCAUUCUUAACGGGGAUGCGCGCCAUUGUCAUCUCUUCGGAGAUAAUUUCUCAUCUUAAGCGACUGCCACACCGCUUCAACGCAACCUUCUCCUUCUCGUCGGAGACUUCACCGCUGGUGGCGUUAGGGGACGACAGAGAAUCCACUUACUCUGACGUGCCGAAGCCUUGCCGGAGGAAAUCACAGAGGAAGCCGUAUGUGACGCCGAUGAAGGUGCUGAUAGAGAGGGCGAAGAAGGAGAGAGAAGCGCGUAAGGCACAGCCAUGUAGGGUUCUGGAGGAACCACCGGAUAACGGGUUGCUGGUUCCGGAACUUGUUGAGGUGUCUCACCGAGUAUAUCUAGCUCGAAAUUCACUCGUAUCUGGUCUGAGUCAACUCGUCCGAGUCAUUCCCGUGCUGCGCUGCGAGUUAUGCAAUGAGGUUCACAUUGGUUAUGUUGGUCAUGAAAUUCGAACAUGUACUGGACCAAGGAGUGGUUCCAGGAGCGCAAUGCAUGUUUGGAGAAGGGGAGGGGCACGAGAUGUGGUCUUCUUCCCAAAAUGCUUUCAUCUUUAUGACCGUGUUGGUAAGCCAAGAGUCGGACAUGAUGAGAGGUUCAGUGUCCCUCGCAUCCCUGCCAUUGUUGAACUCUGUAUACAGGCCGGUGUAGAUCUUGUAAAGUAUCCCACAAAAAGGAGAACGAAACCCGUAUACUGUAUUGAGGGAAGAAUUGUUGAUUUUGAAUCAGUUGCAGAAGAUAUUGAAAAUAAAAUAAAACUUUCUUCUGAAAAUAUCAAAGCUCUUCCCAAUGCAUCUCCUGUGCUGGCAAGGCAUGUAGAGAAUUUCCCAAAUUUAGUGAUGAACAAUAGCAAUCUGGAUUGGUUGAGUGAGGAAGAACGGAACAAAGUAAGGGUUUUAAGUAGUCAUACCCUAGAGGCAUGGUUUGAGAUGAUAUCAGGUGCAAAGAAGAUGAUGGAGAAGUACAGUGUGCAUACUUGUGGAUAUUGUCCCGAGGUCCAGGUUGGUCCGAAGGGACAUAAGUUGAGAAUGUGCAAGGCUUCAAAGCAUCAGUCUCGGAAUGGUUUACACGCGUGGCAAGAGGCAACAAUAGAUGAUCUUGUGGGUCCGAAUUAUGUCUGGCAUGUCGACGAUCUGAAUGGAUCUCCUCUGAAUAACAAUUUGAAGAGAUAUUAUGGCAAGGCUCCGGCUGUGGUGGAACUCUGUGUGCAUGGAGGGGCUCAUAUUCCAAAUCUGUAUAAGAGCAUGAUGAGAUUAGAUGUUGUCUCCCCAGAUCGGGACGAAGUUGACCUUGUUGCCUGAUACAUCAUAACCCCCUUUGAAGUUAGACGAUAUAUUUUCAAUCAAGAUUUGAAAUUCAAUCAGAUAAGAUCUUGGAGUAUUGAGUUUGAUCAAAGCUGAGAUUUGGUCCCCGUUGCUAUUUUUUCUGUUGUGACUUCUAUAGGUCAAAAUUCUUGAUCUUCAUACAUAAUAAAUGAGUUACCAGCAUAUUCUAUCUUCGGAAAAAGAUACAUAGCUUAAAGGGAGGUAUAACAGAUAUAAGAUACUUCAUUAUCAUGUUGUGGGUCUCAAAUUGGUAUGCUUUCAGGUCAUCAAACUCUGCAGUUUUUUGUGUAAAAAGUGUUGACUAUCGACACUGGAAUUGAUACUAAUGAAAGACCAAAGAGCAUGUGGUCCAAACUUCAAUGCACAUAAAUGAAGAUUCUAGCAGCAACCAUCAAAAUAAAUCCGAACUUUCAUCUUCGGUGACAAACCUCAAGCAUGCCAUUGGUAUAGUCUUCUCUAAAGGAUGCUUAUUAAGUUGUUCUGGUUUUCAAGUCACCUGAGUUUGCUUCCCUUAAUAUUUGUUGAGCUUGAUUCCUUGCACUUACUUUUAGGUUACUGGUUGCUGAAAAAGGUAACAUUGUGGAAGGAUCCAGAACUAUGGAAAUCGUUCUGUUAUCACAGAAUUUGUAGGCUCCACAUAGAGAUGUUUUACAAAGAGAAACUCGUUAAGUUACCACACCCCUUAUUGUAUAUUCAAAUGCAUUUUUAUUUGGUGAAUAUUCCAAUGAAGAUUUUAUAACUGUCUUCGUGUAAAAAUAAUAUAAUAUAAUAUGAAACUAA